AUGGAGUCUGGUGCUGAUGCGAGGAAUGAUAGAAGAACUGCCGAGGAAAAAGCCAUCGAUGAUUGGCUUCCAGUGACAUCCUCCAGAAACGCAAAGUGGUGGUACUCAGCCUUUCACAAUGUCACCGCCAUGGUUGGUGCCGGUGUCCUCAGUCUUCCUUACGCCCUAUCUCAACUCGGAUGGGGCUUUGGAAUCACAGUACUUGUCCUAUCUUGGGUGAUUACACUCUACACACUAUGGCAAAUGGUGGAAAUGCACGAAAUGGUUCCAGGAAAAAGAUUUGACAGAUACCAUGAGCUAGGGCAACAUGCUUUUGGUGAAAAACUCGGGCUUUAUGUUGUAGUCCCUCAACAGCUUAUAGUGGAAGUAGGCACAUGCAUUGUCUACAUGGUGACUGGAGGAAAAUCUCUACAGAAGUUUCAACAAUCAAUUUGCCCUGAUUGUAAACCUCUAAGAACAACUUACUUCAUCUUGAUUUUCGCCUCUGUUCACUUUGUACUUGCUCACCUCCCAAAUUUCAACUCCAUUAGUGGUGUCUCUUUAGCUGCUGCCAUCAUGUCAUUGAGUUAUUCAACGAUUGCUUGGGUGGCUUCAUGGAAAAGGGGAGCUCAUGAUGAUGUGGACUAUAGUCCAAGGUCGAAAACUCCUGUGGGACAAAUGUUUGGGAUGUUUAGUGCUUUGGGUGAUGUGGCAUUCGCGUAUGCGGGCCAUAAUGUGGUUUUAGAGAUCCAAGCAACUAUCCCUUCAACACCUGAAAAGCCAUCAAAGGGACCAAUGUGGUUGGGUUGUGUUGUUGCGUAUAUAAUUGUUGCCAUUUGCUACUUUCCUGUUGCAAUAAUUGGGUUUUAUGUGUUUGGGAACACUGUUGAUGAUAACAUUCUUAUCACUCUUGAACACCCUCCAUGGCUUAUUGCUUCAGCUAACAUGUUUGUCAUCAUCCAUGUCAUCGGUGGGUAUCAGAUUUUUUCGAUGCCUGUUUAUGACAUGAUAGAAACCUUCUUGGUGAAAUCAGUGAAACUGAAGCCAAGUGGUGUCCUUCGAUUCACUGUUCGUACAUUAUUUGUUGUUAUCACUACUUUUAUUGCAAUCACAUUCCCUUUCUUUGGUGGGCUUCUUGGAUUCUUUGGAGGGUUUGCAUUGGCACCAACCACCUAUUACCUUCCAUGCAUUAUUUGGCUAAUAGUUAGGAAGCCCAAAAGAUGGAGCAUAACUUGGUGCAUAAAUUGGAUUUGCAUAGUAAUUGGUGUGCUAAUAAUGAUUUUAGCCCCCAUUGGAGGUCUAAGAAUUGGAGACUGGAACUCUGGAAGUGGAGUUGAGCCUCCAAGCAAAGGCCCCAGCCAAUGA